UUAGUUUAGACAGUCGCCAUUUUGGUUUAUCGCUGUCGUGUUAUGUGGCGGAUGAUAUGGUACCCGGUGAAAGACUAACUUUAAUAAUUUCCUCUCCAAAACAGAUUGAUUAAGUGGUUUUUAUUAUGGCGCGGUACGGUCAAAGACCGGAGAAUGCUCUCAAACGAGCGAAUGAGUUUAUGGACCUGGACAAGCCCGCUCGGGCGCUGGACACCUUGCAGGAAGUGUUCAGGAACAAAAAAUGGGCCUACAACUGGUCCGAAUCUGUACUGGAACCUAUUAUGUUCAAGUACUUGGAACUGUGUGUGGACUUACGCAAGUCCCAUAUAGCCAAGGAGGGACUGUUUCAAUAUAGGAAUAUGUUCCAAUCUGUGAACGUGGGUUCACUAGAGCAAGUCAUCAGAGGUUACCUGCGAAUGGCCGAAGAGCGUACGGAGUCAGCCCGUGCUCAAUCAACCCAAGCUGUCAUCGACACUGAUGACCUCGACAACUUGGCCACACCAGAGAGCAUUCUACUCAGUGCUGUCUCUGGGGAAGAUGCCCAGGAUAGGUCUGAUAGGACUAUCCUUACACCAUGGGUAAAAUUCCUCUGGGAAUCCUACUGCCAAUGCCUGGAGUUGCUCCGUACCAAUGCUCAUGUGGAGACCCUUUACCAUGAUAUAGCCCGCAUGGCUUUCCAGUUCUGUCUCAAGUACUCCCGCAAGACCGAGUUCAGGAAACUGUGCGACAAACUCCGAAAACAUCUGGAAGACAUCUGCAAGCCCACUGUGCAGACCGGGAAUGUAAGCAUCUCCAAGCCUGAAACCCAGCAGCUGAACUUGGAAACCAGGCUGUUCCAGCUGGACAGCGCUAUUCAGAUGGAGUUGUGGCAGGAAGCCUACAAGGCGAUAGAAGACAUUCAUAACCUAAUGAACAUGUCGAAGAAGACGCCAGUAGCCAAGACCAUGGCCAAUUACUACGGUAAACUGGCCCUAGUGUUCUGGAAGGCUGGACACUGCCUGUUCCACGCUGCUGCGUUGCUGAAGCUCUUCCAACUAUCCAGGGAGAUGAAGAAGAAUAUCACUCAGGAGGAACUUCAAAAGAUGGCGUGUCGCGUACUCGUAGCGGUGCUGUCAGUGCCUCUUCCGUCCUUGCAUCCUGAGUUCGACCGCUUUGUGGAGACUGACAAGAGCCCAGUGGAGAAAGCCCAGCGUUUGGCUGUGUUGCUCGGUUUGGCCCAGCCUCCAACUAGGGCUAGUCUUCUCAAAGACGUGGUCCGCCUGAAUGUGGUGGCGCUGGCGUCGCCCCAACUCCAACAACUGUACUCUUGGCUGGAGGUGGAAUUCGACCCGCUGAGCAUCUGCCACAACGUUCAGAGCGUCAUCAAACAGCUCCAAGACGAACCUAAUUCACCUCUAGCCCAAUACACCUCAGCCCUCAGCGAUGUAGCUCUUGUCCGUCUCAUCCGUCAAGUGGCUCAGUGUUACGCGUGCGUCCAGUUCUCACGUCUCCUGGAACUGGCGGGCACCACGGACCUGUUCCACCUGGAGAGGCUGCUCGUGGACUGCGUGCGUCAUAACGAUAUGCAGAUACGGAUCGAUCAUGCUAACAAAUGCGUGCAUUUCGGCGUGGAAGCCGGCGGCGGCGAGUGGUGCUCCGCGGCUGACGAGGCAUGCGGUGGCGCCAUCUUGCAGGCCACUCCCGCUGAACAGGUGCGCGAGCAGCUGGUGCGCGCGGCCAGCGUGCUGUCGCGCUGCGUGGGCGAGCUGUUCCCGGCGCGGCGGCGCGCCGAGCGCGAGCGCGCGCGCCAGCACAUGGUGCAGCACUACCACGACAACAAGCACGCCGAGCACCACCGCGUGCUGCAGCGCCACAAGAUCAUCGAGGAGCGCAAGGAGUACAUCGAGAGGCUGAACACGGUCAGGGAGGAGGAGGAGUUGAGACGCCAGGAGGAGCAGCAGCGCGCCGCGGCGGCCGCGGAGGCGCGGCGGCUGGAGCAGGAGCGCGAGGAGCGCGAGAAGCGCAAGUACGCGAGCGAGAUCGCCGCCAUGAAGGAGCGCCACCGCCGCGAGCGCAUGGCGCACAUCUCCCAGACCGCGCACGGGAAGAAGAUGCUGCAGAAGUUGGACGAGGAGGAAAUCAAGAAGAUGGACGCCGAAGCCAUCGCCCAGCGCGAAGCUGAGGAAUUGAUGAAGGAGCGCAGAGAGUUGCAGGCUAGACUCAAGUCGCAGGAGAAAAAGGUGGACUAUUUCGAGCGAGCCAAACGCUUAGAGGAGAUACCUCUUCUGCAGAAGAGCUUGGAAGAGAAGCAAGUGCAAGACAAGGCGUUCUGGGAACAACAGGAGUCUGAGAGGAUCGCUCAACUGAUAGAGGCGCGCAGCCGCGACGUGGCGACCGCCAAGCGGCUGUCGCGCAUGCACGCGCACCGCGACGAGUUCGUGUCGCGCCUGCUGACGUCACGCGGCGCCGCGCACCACGCGCGCCUCGCCGCCUUCAAGGACAAGCUGGCGCUCGAGCGGGACCGGCGGCUGGCGGCCAGGCGGCAGCAGCGGGCCGAGGCGCGGCGGCUGGAGUGGCUGGCGGAGAAGCGGCGCGCCGAGGAGGUGGCGGAGGAGGCGGCGCGGCGCGCGCGCGAGGAGGAGGAGCGGCGCGAGCGCGAGGAGCGCGAGCGGCGCCAGCAGGAGGAGCUGGCCGCACUGCGCGAGCGCAAGGAGCGCGAGGAGCGCGAACACCAAGAAAUGUUAGCGCGCGUCGAAGCCAAGGCCCGUGCUAAGGAGGCCGAAGUGCAACGUCGCCUCGAAGAGCAAAAGGCCGCUGUUUCAAGCAGCUGGCGGCGCGGAGGGGCGCCCGAGCGAGCGCCCGAGCGCAGCGAGCGAGCGCCCGAGAGAGCGGAGCGCAGUGAGCGGAGCGAGCGGCCGCCGGAGAGGGAGAGGGAAGACGCGUGGAGGAAGGACAAGGAGCCGGAGAAGAAGGCUGAGCCGUGGCGACCUAGUACUGUUCCAGGUCGUCCCCGUGGCGAGGCUCCGCCCCGGUCGCCGGAGCGGCGCCGCGAGGAGCGCCCGCCGCGGGACGACGCCAGGCCCGUGCGCGACGACCGGCCGCCGCCCAGGGACGACAGACGCGAUGACCGCGGUACGAGAGACGAGUCGGGCUGGCGCACGGCCGGCGCACGCGCCGAUCCGGACCGCGAUCGCGAACGCGACAGGCCACGCUACACUGGUCGCUCGAGCGGUCCCGAGGGCGGCAGUUGGAGGCGGGGACCCGCGGAACCACCACCAGCCACUGAACGCUCCAGCACAUGGCGCUCCAAGGACGGUCAGCCGCGGGAAGGCGGCUUCCGCGACGCGCCUCGCGACCGCGACGGCGGUUACCGCGACCGCGGCGGUGACCGUGAUCGUGGAGGUGAUCGUGAUCGUGGAGGUGAUCGUGAUCGCGGAGGUGAUCGUGAUCGGUACCCUAGGAGAGACGAUAGGGAUCCACCGAGGAGGGAUGAUCGCGACGGUCCCCGGCGCGACGACCGCGAGCCGGCGCGUCGCGACGACCGCGAGCGCCGCCCGCCGCCGCCCAGGCGCGACGACAAACCACGCGAAGGUGAUGACGACGAAUGGCACCCAGUCACCAGACGCUAACACCCUCAUUAUUGCCAACAGUUAUCGCAAAGAGCUCAGUAGAUCAUGUUACACAAGUAUAUGGUUAAAGCCUCUAAUAUCUAGAAGCUUUUUAAGCUUCACGCUCGUACAGUUUUAGAUAAGCGAUAGAAAAUCUUAGGUUUCAUAGAAAUGGUUAUUGGGAGUUAAAUUUGUUACAUUUAAAACAAAAUGUCGAGUCCGUCACCCUUUUCGUCAUGUUUCAUUUCUCGAGCCUACUUACGAGUUUUUUUAGAAGAAAACAAACUGUAUACGCAUUCUUUCUUGUGUUUAUCAUUCUUAAGUUUAUGCUUUGUUUUAGACAUUCGUGUUAAGAAAAAUAUAGCAAAUAUAAUGGUUGCUUUAUAGAAGAUAAAUGCAAGAGAUUGUCCCACGCUAUACAACGUUCCAUCUUACAUUGAUUUGAUGAAAAACACUAAGAAGUAAUUUAACUUUCAAUAACUUUAUACAUAUAUUGAGUAGAUUCAGAUGAAUUAUCUGAGUUGAACGGAACGACACUAUUCUUAUACCUGUAAUGUAGUUAGAGAGCAUAUGAAUGAAUAUUGUUGCAACUAACAAAUUUGAUAUGUAACUAGCGAUUUGCGUUAAAAUAUGUUUGCAUAAUAAUUUAUAUAAACUCGUAAUUUUCUCUUUAAAAUGUGCUGGCACUACUACUGGGCUUCUCAAAUUUAUUUCAUAUAUAAGCAGUUGUAUUUUCAGUGAACGCAUUUAUUCGCAAAAUUAGUCUACAUUGUAUGCGGUAAAGGGUCAAUAAUUUGUAAUAUUUUGUUAGCUGUCACAAUUGUACUUUUUGUGUUUAUUCUAUACAAUAAAUAUGUAUCUGUAA